AUGCUACAAGACAUGAGUAAAGAAGAAAUAGGAAAAAAAAGAAUCUGCAACAACUACACUGGGCUACCGCAACCCCUUAUUAUUCUGAUCAAGCUAGCGUCGAAAUCACGGGAGCACUAUGAAUAUCCCAGCAACGCACCCUCAUUGUUAAACUCCGUGCUCGACGCAACUCCUCGGGCUACCGCAACCCCUUGUUAUUCCGAUCACGCCAGCCACUGCGAGAUUCCAGCACCAGAUCCGCGACCAACCGCGCCUCUGUCUCCACUGAAAUAUAACAUCGACACGGCCCUCCGCUUCGAUCCGCGCCCAGCCGGGAUUCGCUCUAAACCUCCUCAGAAUCGCGAUUCCACCCUCCGCCGCAACCACUGCUUCAACCACACAACAGAACCUUCACGUCGAAGUCAUUCAACACCACACAUCCGCAACAACUCCGGCGGGCACCCCUCGCUGUCAACAUACGAGGGUCGCUAUCGGAUGUCUGGAAAAUUUUAA